AUGGAAGUGGCGGCGCCGCUUCUGUGUCUGGCGGCGGCUGUUCUGGUAUGGGGCGUUCUCUGGGUUUGGGGCUCCUGGGAGCGAAUGACAAGGCCGGAGCAGGCUGGCCUGCCCGGAGGCGGAAGCCGGACACUUCUGGUGACGGCGCACCCCGACGAUGAAGCCAUGUUCUUUGCUCCCACUAUUCUAGGCUUGGCCCGCCUGCGGCACCAGUUGUUCCUGCUCUGCUUCUCCGCAGGAAAUUACUACAAUCAAGGGGAGAUCCGUAAGAAGGAACUCUUGCAGAGCUGUGAUGUUCUGGGGAUUCCCCUCUCCAACGUAAUGAUUAUUGAAAACAGGGAUUUCCCAGAUGAUCCAGACGUGCGCUGGGACCCAGAGCGGGCGGCUGAUGUCCUCCUCCGGCACGUAGAGGCCAAUGGCAUCAAGCUGGUGGUGACCUUCGAUGAGGGGGGCGUGAGUGGGCACAGCAACCACGUGGCUCUGAAUGCAGCUGUGAGGACCCUGCAUGCAGAAGGGAAGUUACCUAAAGGGUGCUCAGUGCUCACACUCCAGUCUGUGAACCUGCUGCGCAAAUACCUCUGUCUGCUGGACCUACCCUGCUCCCUGCUGCUCGCCCGCGACACCCUCUUCGUGCUCACCCAAUGUGAGGCAGCCCAGGCCCAGGUUACAGGGGAAGCCAGGUCCGGCUGCGGCUCCGAGUGCGCAGGUGGGAGGAGGCAGAUGGAAAGAGCAGAGCCACCAGCUCCAGAACCACUCCUCUCGUCCCCCCAGAGAGCCAUGUCCUGCCACCGCAGCCAGCUGCUCUGGUUCCGCCGCCUCUAUAUGCUGUUCUCCCGCUACAUGAGGAUUAACUCUCUGAACUUUCUCUGAGCCAGAACGGGCUCUCGGACCAAGAAACCAAGGGAAAGACAGCCAGGGAGCCCAGGGCCUGUCUGGAGCAGGCUUGUCUCCCCGAGUCAAGGACAUCCCAGCGUCAACCUGAGUUCCAGGGCCCUCUCCUCCAAACUGCCCAGGCUCUAAUAAAAUGGGAGCUGUGCAGACCCAACAGGCUGCCAGACCUGAGCGUCUUUCUCUGGGCGACAAAACCAAAGCCACCAAACACAAACCAAGCCAAGGACGACAGCUACCUUGCUAGCUUCUCGAGUUCUUGUGUGGAAGAGUUCACACAAUGACACAGUGUCUGUGAACUCCCUAACACAGACCUGCGAUUAUUAUAAAUAAACAUAAAGGUCUCUGGAA